GCGGCGGCGGUGGUGGCAGCGGUGGUGGCGGCGGCGGCGCCGGGCAGUGGCUGAGUCUCCGCCGCGGCCGCAGCUCGCGGUGCCCGAGCUCUAAGGCGCAUCCCGGGCUCGCGGCCCGAGCGGCCAAGACGGCGGGCCGGCCGGGCGCGGGGCGGCGCGCGCUGUGCUGCGGGCUGCGCUGGUGGGGAGCCGCGGGCCGCGGCGGGGGUCCCGGGCCCGGCGUGUGCGGCUGGGAGGCGCUCUGGGGUGUGGGCGCGCGGGCGGCGGCCGGGGCCAUGGCCGAGGGCGGCGGGGGCGCGCGGAGGAGAGCUCCGGCGCUGCUGGAGGCAGCCCGCGCACGGUACGAGAGCCUGCACAUCUCCGACGACGUGUUCGGCGAGUCGGGCCCGGACAGCGGCGGGAACCCCUUCUACAGCACCUCCGCAGCCUCGCACUCCUCCUCGGCCGCCUCCUCGGACGAUGAGCGCGAGCGCCCCGCUCCUCCGGGGACCGCCCCGCCACCCCAAGCCGUGGAUCCGUUGGAGCUGGAAGAGGAUGAGGCCGGUGGAGGCUGGAGUGCCGCGCUGCGGGAUCGCCCGCCCCCGCGCUUCGAGGACACCGGUGGUCCAACCAGAAAGAUGCCGCCCAGUGCUAGCGCGGUGGACUUCUUCCAGCUCUUUGUCCCAGAUAACGUGCUCAAGAACAUGGUGGUGCAGACCAACAUGUAUGCCAGAAAGUUCCAGGAACGCUUUGGCAGUGAUGGUGCCUGGGUGGAGGUGACACUGGCCGAGAUGAAGGCCUUCCUGGGCUAUGUGAUCUCUACCAGCGUCUCGCACUGCGAGUCGGUACUCAGCAUUUGGAGUGGAGGCUUCUACAGCAAUCGGAGCCUCGCCCUUGUCAUGAGCCAGGCCCGCUUCGAGAAGAUCCUCAAGUACUUCCAUGUCGUGGCCUUCCGUUCCAGCCAGACCACGCAUGGGCUCUACAAGGUCCAGCCUUUCCUCGACUCCCUGCAGAGCAGCUUUGAUGCUGCCUUCAGGCCAUCUCAGACCCAGGUGCUACAUGAACCCCUGAUUGACGAGGACCCCGUGUUUAUCGCCACAUGCACGGAGCGUGAGCUGCGGAAGAGGAAAAAGCGGAAAUUCAGCCUGUGGGUCCGCCAGUGCUCUUCGACCGGCUUCAUCAUCCAGAUCUAUGUCCACCUGAAGGAAGGUGGUGGCCCAGAUGGCCUGGAUGCUCUGAAGAACAAGCCCCAGCUCCAUGGCAUGGUGGCCCGGAGCCUGUGCCGGAACGCGGCUGGGAAGAAUUAUAUCAUCUUCACAGGGCCCAGUAUCACCAGCCUCACCCUGUUUGAAGAAUUUGAGAAGCAAGGGAUCUACUGCUGUGGCCUACUGAGCUCUAGGAAAAGCGACUGCACGGGCCUUCCUCCAUCUAUGUUGACCAACCCUGCCACCCCACUCGCCCGGGGCCAGUACCAGAUCAGGACAAAGGGGAACAUGUCUCUGAUCUGCUGGUAUAACAAGGGGCACUUCCGCUUCCUGACCAAUGCCUACUCCCCUGUGCAGCAAGGUGUCAUCAUCAAGAGGAGGAGUGGGGAAAUCCCCUGCCCUCUGGCUGUGGAGGCCUUUGCUGCUCACCUCAGCUACAUCUGCAGAUACGACGAUAAGUACAGCAGGUAUUUCAUCUCUCACAAGCCAAACAAGACGUGGCAGCAGGUGUUCUGGUUCGCCAUCAGCAUCGCCGUCAACAACGCCUACAUCCUAUACAAAAUGUCAGAUGCCUACCAUGUGAAGAGGUACAGCCGGGCUCAGUUUGGAGAGAGACUUGUCAGGGAGUUGCUGGGCCUGGAGGAUGCAUCACCAGCCCACUGAGACUGUGCUGGCCCAGGGGUGGCAGGGACAAGGAGGGAGCCAGUCACCUGCCUGCCUGUUGGAGGGCCCAUGUGUGGCCAGAGGGUCUGCUUUCAGCAUCACCCUCCCGAAGGGGGGUGGGCUCCCCAGAGCCCGGUACAGGUGACUGGAGGGGCUGUGGUGGCGGAAGCUACCAGCAGCAGGACCAGUGGACCAUCCUCUGCUGCCCAGAGCUCGAGAGAUCAUGACAGGCUCAAGUUCAGACCAGGCAAGCUUGCAAAAUAGGCCACUCAGUGCCACCACUCAGCACCUAGGAACGCGUGUGAUCAGCUUAGAUGGCUCCCUUGAAAGAAGACAUGCAGUGUGGUGGUGCCGUUAAAACUUCAGGAGACAGGAGCGGCUGCAGCUUGUUGACUAAACAGGGUGUUCCUGCUGCAUCCUCCACGGGGCUGGUGGGGGGCAGGGCAGAGAGGGAACCGAGAGGGUCACAGAGAAGAGCAAUGCUGUUUUUUAUUUUUCAAUAUAUCUUCAGGUUAUUUUCCUACUGUUGCUUAAGGUCUACUGUAAACAAGAUGUGUCCCUUGCUCUCCCACCCCGACUCCCUCACAGUCCCCUGCAUGGUCACAGUCUGUGUCUGGCCUGGGGACCCGACUCCCUCACAGUCCCCUGCAUGGUCACAGUCUGUGUCUGGCCUGGGGACCCGCAGGCUGUGCUCUUCGUCAUCCUGUCGUUGUUGGCAGAAUUACUUGUUUUGAGAAAUACGUAGCGUUGUGAAAACAAAAUCCUCCAACAUCCUUUCUCCGCGUGUGGUGGUCCCCCAGAAAGGUACGGCUGGAUCGGGAGGCCCUGGCUAGGGAACCCCCUGUGACUCGGCCUGAGGUUGGGGACUUCCCACAGCAGGGGCCGGCAGCAGCUGGCAGGAAGGCGUGUGGAACCCAAAGACCCAGGCCCUUCCGCCAGAGGUUGACGCAUCUCCACGGAGCCUCCGCCCCGAGGUGGAUCCACCAUCCCCACACACGGGAAACGAGUGAUCUCUGCACCUUGCAGCAGCCCCUUCAUCCGAGCGCCAGCGCCACCUAAUCUCUCCAGACACACGAUGUCCUCAACGGGGGCUUCGGGGCACUCUUCCGUGUUCAUUUGGUGAGCUGAGGUGUGGCUGCACCUCGUCACUUCUGUGUCCUCCCUGGUGGGACCCGCGAUGCUGUGGAUCGUGGGCCCGAUUUCAGAUUGUGUUUGAGAUAAUCUUUGCUGUACCCUUAACUGGAUUGCGAGCACUUUUGCCACGUGGAGAAAUAUAUUUUUAAUUUGUGACGCUUUUCUACAAGGUCCACCUUUUUCUGAGUUCAGGUGUUUCCAACACUUAGGGAGACUAACGAAGGCCAAUGACUUUUUCUUUUCUGUCCAAACAAGAAAAAUAAAAAUAAAAGUCUAUUUAGAUGUC